CAAGCAACAGCCAGUGGAACAGAAAUGCUGGGAGUUUGAGGGAGAGGGUGAAAAACGGAGGCCCGCCGCCAACGAGAGGACGAAGCGAGCAAAGUGAGGUAAGAGAGAAAGAAGGGCAAGGGUCCAGAGGAAGAAAACACACCGGGAUAACAUCUGUGAGAAGAAACAACACACCAGAAGGUGGGGGUCAGAUUGAAGAAACAUGCAAGAUAAAGUUUAAAGACAGGACAGAUGAGAAAAACAUCUCCUGGUAAUGACAAGGCCGGGACACUUAAAGAAGAGACACGUCCUCUCGAGAGUCCCCUUCUUGGGCCGCAGAAUGUUCUCCGAGACAAAAGGGGUCGGAGAGACACGCAUUCAACCCACCAGUUUAAGCCAACUACAAAAUGGAAUACAAAGACCUCAAGCGGACAUCCUUGCCUAUUUUGGGACUGGGGAACACGGAACGAACACCUGUGGACCAAAGCAGCAGAAUUCCCCCCUUAAUGGAUACACUGCCAAAAAACAUUUAGCUGUUCAGGGGGGUCAUGCACAGUUAGACGUGACUGGCCAGAUUUCUCAGACCAGCGUGCAGUUGAACCGGCCUCCAGGGAACGGGCUGCAACAUAACAGCGUCUCUGUGAACUACAGCUUGAGAAAAUGCAGCUUUGUGGUCCACCGGCACCAGACCGAGCCACACCCCUUCUUGAGGAAGUGUGCUCGAGACGCGCCAACACAGUUCAGAGGUCAUGGAAACUGUGGAGUGCCUGUUUGUGCAGCUGAGCAACAAUCGGGCUCUGUGCAAGGGGCCUUGCUUACGGAACAACAUGCAUCAGACUGGAUGGACGCAAGCGGUGCUCACAAUUCGACCUUUAAUAAGGAUGCAGAACUUUGCCCUUCUAACAGACAGGGAACUUUAUGUAAAUGCCCGGGACCUGUAAUGCAAGACUUAAAUGGACCUAGUCUGGUAAAUGAAGUUAUGCUGUCUACCAAAGAUGUCAACAAGACCAAUUCGAACCACCUUAAGUGUCAAGCAAAGGUCGCCCAAGUGGAUCUCAGUGGACCUGGAAGAGGGUCUUAUGCUUUCAGCUCUAAGCAGUCAGAGAGAGCUAUUCGGGACCAGAUCCAAAGAGUUGUUGUGAAUCUUGAGGAGGUUCUACAUGGCCUGAAAGAGAUACAUCUGGAAAUGAAGGAGGUGGUCCAGAAGAUAGACCUUCUGACAGCCGAUAUUGACAUAGGCAAUGAGGAACCAGGGGACCCUUUAAAAGGAUGCCAGUCAGGAAGGAUAGACUCCGAAGUGGCAUCAUCUCAAGGAGUCUGCUCUGACAAGUCAUCCCUCAAAACACCAACUCCAUCUGUGUCACCACCAGCAUAUCCCAUAAAAGAUCAAGGGCUGCAUGAUGCAGGUCAAACACGGGAAUCAACUCAGGAUUUGGUCAUUUCUCAAAGACAUACAUUCGGGACCUGUUCAAGGCACAGGAGCCAGAAGCCUCCACCUUACCCCUAUGCCAGCACAAUGGGAAGAGUGACUCCUAAAGCAAAAGACAAAGGUCAGAAGACGCCACCCUACCCAUUUAGACGGAGACUGCUCUCAACCAUUGUUUGAGAAGACUGUGGCUUCAGGGUACAACGUGGAGCAUUACACACUCUACAUGGUAUACCGUGUUCCAGGCACCUUUGUGAAAUAAUCAAAGGAUUCUGACAUACCCCAAAGAUUAAGCGGAAAUUCUCUAUGAGCGUGCCAUUACACCAGCUUAAGAAAGUUUCUCAUAGCUGUGUCAGCCUUGCUGGAAGUAGGAAUAUGCAGACUCACCUGAAGACUCUGACACAAUGUACUCUUCUUCCUUCAAAGCGACAUCCCUCUGUCCGCCCACGGCCAUCUGGGACUGAGAAGAAAAGAAAGAGAGAGGAUGAGUGACAAGACAGCAGAGAAGCCUAGAGGAGUGGGCUGAAUAACAAAGAGCUCCUCACUAAGAAAACAAAAAAGAGACAUGGAGUGUAUGGAGCACUUGUUUCAAGCACGCUUUUGAACUUUUCUUAUUUACACAGGGGACAAGGCCACCAGGACAUAACCAUCAUCCCGCUACUGAGAAUUUCAAUUUAAAUUGAAGAUGUUUUCACAAAGUCUUGAUAUGCAACACCUGUACAAAAAGGGCUGACUGCUUUUGAUCUGAGAGCGACGAGCGUUAGGAAUCUGAAUUGAGGUUUGAUCUGCGGCAAAUGUCAAUGUCACGACUAAGGAUAAAUUUUAAACGAUCUUCAAAAACCUGUACCAAUUCUUUGUAUGUGCAAAGCACACAAAUAAAAAGCUGUCAUC